UUAUAGUCUCAGCUGCUGCGCUCUCUGGGCCACGGGGGAGGGACAGGGUGGCUCCUCACAGCAAGGGUGGUAGUCACUGGGCUCUGCCCACCUGCCGCUAACCAGGCCCCAGGCCCCUUCCCAUGGCAGAAGGGACCUUCCCCUUUACCUCCGCCACGCUGCGCGCUCUCCGCCUGCAGCGGGAGUGGCUGGAGUGGGAGGACAGGCGCAGGGCAGCAGCCCAGCUCUGCCGGAGCCAAAGGUGCCCCCCAAGUUCUCUGGCCCGACUCACUAGGCCUCGCCGCUCCUGCCGAGACCCAGCGGUCCACAAUGCCCUGUUCUCCGGCAACCUGCAACAGGUCCAAGCCCUGUUCCAAGACGAAGAUGCCGCCAACAUGAUUGUGGAGACUGAGAGCAACCAGCUGGCCUGGUCGCCUGAACAGGGGUUCUGGGUACUGACCCCCAAGACCAAGCAGACAGUGCCCCUCACUAUUGCUGCGGCCCGAGGCUAUACCGACUGUGCCCGCCACCUCAUCCGGCAGGGAGCUGAGCUGGAUGCCCGGGUUGGGGGCCGGGCUGCCUUGCACGAGGCAUGUGCCCAAGCCCACUCGGACUGUGUGCGGCUGCUGCUGACCUUCGGUGCCAAAGCCAAUGUGUUGUCUGAGGAAGGCACAACCCCCUUGCACCUCUGUACAGCGCCUGAGUCCUUACAGUGCGCCAAGCUGCUGCUGGAGGCAGGAGCUACUGUCAAUGCGGCUGCGAGGGACAGCGAGAUGACACCCCUGCACGUGGCGGCGGCCCGCGGCCUGGAGGAGCACGUGGCUCUCUACUUGGCGCAUGGAGCCAACGUGGGGCUCGGCUGCUGGGCCCUGGCCGAGCUCCUGCUGCGCCACGGGGCCUGCGCUGGAGUCUCCAACGCAGCGGGCCACACGCCCAUGGACUGCGUGCUGCAGGCGGUCCAGGACACCCCCAACUGGGAGUCCGAGGUCCUCUUCGGGGCACUGCUGGACUACGGGGCCCAGCCAGUGCACCCUGAGAUGCUGAAAUACUGUGCCAACCUCCCUCGGGCACUAGAAGUCCUACUUAAUGCCUACCCCUGUGUCCCAUCCUGUGAUACCUGGGUGGAGGCAGUACUCCCAGAGCUGUGGCAGGAGCAUGAAGCCUUCUACAGCUCGGCCCUGGCCAUGGUGAACCAGCCGAGGCGGCUGCAGCACCUGGCCCGGCUGGCUGUGCGUGCUCAGUUGGGCAACCGCUGCCGACAGGCUGCCGACCGCCUCCCACUGCCCCAGCUCCUCAGGGACUACCUGCUGCUGCGUGUGGAGGGACACAUCCAGUGAGCACCAGGCCAGGCUGCCCCACAGCUUGUCCUGCUUUCUCCAUCCAUCGUACUCCCCCCGCCCCAACCCUGGACGACCAGACCCUGGGCCUCUGUUUAUACUCCACCUCCCUCCACUGACUCCUUGAGACAACUGCUGACCAACCUUACCUGAGCUUCAGCUCCUCUCUUUGAGGGAAAGGUCCGCAGACUCAGACCUCAGCCAUCUCAUCCUCUUUGCCUAAGUGGAUGAUGCCUCAAGCCCGGAGGUGGUGAUUGUUGUUGUAACCCCUCAUCUUCUGCCAGCAAUGUAUCUGAAAUCAGUUUCCUAUAAAGAAUGACAGACUGCUGCUAGUUGUACUGCCUCUGCCCACAUUGUCAUUUGAAGGGAAGACCUCACUGAUCUUGAAGCCCAUGCUCUUGAAAUCCUGUGUUCCCAGCUGUUCCCCCUCCUUGACAUACCCUGCCCACAUUUUUUUUCUUCCCCUGAUUGAAGCUGAUAUCCUCAAGACAACUCAAUAGCACUGUUUGAUCAACCUAGCAGGUAGCCUUCCUUGGUAUCAUAUCUAUUUUAAAAUAU